GCGUGGUUUUCUAAUUUUUUGUCAUUUUUAUAGCUAGUCGCAUUGUAUUUUUCUUCUUGUGUUUCUAAUUUUUUAUUGUAUUUAGUUUUUAACUGAUUGGGGUCUUCAGGGUUUAGGGUUAUUUUUAAAUUGAUUUUUCCCUGAUGGUCACCUCUUAUUUUUCCUUGAGGAUUUUCUUUGUGUUUCUUAUUUUUACAUGAAUUCCACUUAAAAUUAUCAAUUUCUUUUUCAGUGUUACAUAUUAUCUUCUUACGCUUAAUUUUCUUUCAACAAUAAUGACGGAGACAAUGUUGGAUUGCUCUGACAAGGUGACUGAGACCAAGGAAGAACUUGUUCAGCUUGCCAAACUCGCCGAACAGGCUGAGCGUUAUGAUGACAUGGCAGAGUCAAUGAAGAAGGUUACCGAAUUUGGAGACGAACUGUCUAAUGAGGAGCGCAAUCUUCUCUCGGUUGCUUAUAAGAAUGUUGUUGGGGCUCGUCGUUCUUCUUGGCGUGUGCUUUCGUCUAUUGAGCAAAAGACCGAAGGGGGGAAGAAGACGAUGAGUAAGGAAUACCGUGAGAAGGUUGAAUGUGAAUUGCGUGACAUUUGCAAAGGUGUUAUGAAUCUUCUGGACAAAUUUCUUAUUCCGAAAGCUGGAACUCCUGAUUCUAAAGUGUUUUACCUUAAGAUGAAGGGCGACUACUAUCGUUAUCUGGCUGAGGUUUCUUCUGGUGAUGAGUUGACUGAUGUUAUCGACAAAUCGCAACAGAGUUACCAAGAGGCUUUCGAUAUUGCUAAGGACAAAAUGCCGCCAACUCAUCCAAUUCGUCUUGGUCUGGCUCUCAACUUUUCGGUCUUCUACUUUGAGAUUCUCGACAAUAAGGGCAAGGCUUGUCAGUUGGCUAAGCAGUCUUUUGACGAGGCCGUUGCUGAGUUGGACACUCUUGAAGAGAAUUUGUACAAGGACUCGACUCUCAUUAUGCAACUUCUUCGCGACAAUUUGACUCUGUGGACUUCUGAUGGCGGCGUUGAGGAACCGGAGACGGCUCCAAUUGUUGCUGAUGCCGAAGGCACAAAUUAA